AUGUUAUGUAAAUUACUAAUUUUGAGUUUAAUUGAUUUGAUAAUUUGUAAAAAUGACUGGGAUCAAAUGAUCGAUAGAAUUGAUUUUUUAAUAAAAAAAAGUUAUUUAAUAAUUGAAUGUAAUAAUGAUGAAAUCGAAAUCAUUCGCAAAGUGAAUACUUUUGAUGAAUUAACUUUCAAUUUCAAAUGUCAAAAUCGUGAAAAGAUUUUCCAACAUGAAAUUGAUCAAGUUCAAAUUGUCAAUUUUGAGAAAACAUCAAUUGAAUGUGAAAAGAAAGGAUUCAAAAUGAAGGGACAUCUUAGCCGAGAGAAACCAUCGAAAGAUAAAGAUACAAAUGGUGUCGAAUGGCCAUUUGUUCAAACAGAUUAUGGAGAAAAAAAGAAAAGUGAUCCGAUCAAAAUGAAAUUUUUCGAUAAAACACAACAAAUGGAUUUGGUUUUCGAUAAAGUUCAUUGGAAUAAUUUAUCAAAUAUAAACAACAGUUUCGAGUUUUAUUUGAAAUUUGUCAAUCGACCGAUGAUUUGUAAAUUUACUUUUCAUUUUAAAUCCAAAGAUUUCAAUAAGACUUCGUGUCAAUCAAUUCAAAUUGAUGAUCAACAAAUAAAUCCAAAAUGUUUCUACGAAGUUAAUUCUUUUCUUUUCGAAACAAAAUCCAAUUUGUCUUCUUUAUUUUCAAAGGUUAGUGCAACUCAAACUCCAUCAUCUCAACGAUUAGAUGAAAUGAUUGAGAAGAUGAUGAUUCACAUCAAUAAAACUCAAGAAAAUUAUCUUUAUUUAACAUCAAUUUCGACUAAUACUAUGACAAUUACACUUACAAAUGAUAAGAACAAAGUAGAUUCAUUGAAAACAAACAAAAAGAAUACGAAACAAUCUGAUACAAAGAAGAACAAGAAGAAGAAACUGGAAAAGAAAAACAACUCGAUUUGGACUUUUGUUGGAUUAGGUACCUUUGCUUUACUUUUCAUUACAAUCGGAAUUGCAAUUCUUUGCAAAAAAUCAUCCAAAUCACGUCGAAUGAAUCGAACGAACAGUAACUCAUCAUAUUAA